AUGCAAGAUCAGACGGCCACCACGACGAGCUCGCCGCCUUCCAGCAGCGACAGGUCGUCCAGCUCCAACUCCAAGGAAGGGAUGGACAGUGACGACGACAUAGGGAGGGUGCCGGAGUUCCGGCUGGACCAGGGAGGACCAUCGACGUCGGGAAGGGAGGCAGCGGCCGCCGGGACGUCGUCCGAGCUCGCGCAGUCGGUGGCGGCGGCUGCCCAGGCCAGCUCCCGCCGCCGCGGCCGCAGCCCGGCCGACAAGGAACACCGGCGACUCAAAAGAUUGUUGAGGAACCGGGUGUCGGCGCAGCAGGCACGGGAGAGGAAGAAGGCAUACAUGGGCGAGCUGGAGGUGAAGGUGAAGGACUUGGAGACGAGAAACUCGGAGCUCGAGGAGAGGCUCUCGACGCUGCAGAAUGAGAACCAAAUGCUUAGACAGAUACUGAAAAACACCACCGGUAACAGGAGAGGACCGGGUAGCGGUGCCGGUGCCGGCGGGGACAGCUAG